UUUACUCUCACUCUCGACAAAAACGAAACGCCGUCACUCGUAGCUUUCCCCAUUCCUCUGUCUCUGCGCUACCACCGGCCGCCGUCGCCGCCGCCGCGAGGAGAGGAGACCCCGUCGUCUGAAAUCUGGCCGUGUUCGUAGUCUUCCUCGUAGGGUUUGUUUUGUUUUCUAGGUAAUUUUGGGAAUUAUUUUUGUUUCGUUUGGAUUCUUUUGGGGGAUUUUCAUGGCGUCGGAGGAUGUGAAGGCGAGAGAUUCGACGGUGUCAAAGUUUGUUAAUUUUGCGGAGGAGGCAAAGCUGGCGAAGGAAGAGAUCAAGCCUACUAAGUAUCAAGUAUACAGUAUUUGCAAAUCCCUCGUCGCGGGCGGUGUCGCGGGAGGAGUGUCGCGAACUGCUGUUGCACCUUUAGAGCGCCUCAAAAUUCUACUCCAGGUUCAAAAUCCACACAGCAUAAAAUACAAUGGAACUGUUCAAGGCUUGAAGUACAUUUGGAGAACCGAGGGCUUUAGGGGGCUGUUUAAAGGCAAUGGAACUAAUUGUGCUCGAAUUGUCCCAAAUUCAGCAGUGAAGUUCUUCAGCUAUGAGCAAGCAUCCAAGGGUAUAUUAUACAUGUACCAGCAACAAACUGGCAAUGAGGAUGCUGAGUUGACUCCUUUGCUGCGGCUGGGUGCUGGAGCAUGUGCUGGCAUAAUUGCUAUGUCUGCUACAUACCCAAUGGACAUGGUUCGAGGAAGGCUUACUGUACAGACAGAUAAGUCUCCUUAUCAGUAUAGAGGAAUGUUUCAUGCCUUGUCAACUGUGCUUCGUGAGGAAGGCUUUCGUGCACUAUACAAGGGUUGGCUUCCUUCUGUCAUUGGAGUUGUUCCAUAUGUGGGUCUCAACUUUGCUGUGUAUGAAUCUCUGAAGGAUUGGUUAAUUAAAUCCAAACCCUUGGGGCUUGUUCAAGACAAUGAAUUGGGUGUCGCGACGAGGCUUGCAUGUGGCGCGGCAGCUGGUACGGUUGGACAAACUGUUGCAUACCCUCUUGAUGUUAUUCGGAGAAGAAUGCAGAUGACUGGGUGGAGCCAUGCUUCUUCAAUUGUCACUGGUGAUGGGAGAAGCAAGGCUAGCCUUGAAUAUAACGGCAUGAUUGAUGCGUUCAGGAAGACUGUGAGGAAUGAAGGCUUCCGAGCAUUGUACAAGGGUUUGGUCCCCAAUUCCGUUAAGGUUGUCCCGUCAAUAGCUAUUGCUUUUGUGACAUACGAGCAAGUGAAGGAGUUACUUGGGGUGGAGUUCCGAAUAUCCGACUGAAUGUAAGUGCACAGAGAGCCACGGCAUUUGCUCCUGUGAUUUUAUUUUUUUGUUGUCGAGAAGGUGAAAAGGAUAUUACUGCCGAAACCCUUCUUCUGGAGAGAUCACAGUACUUAAAUACCAUUCUAAUUUGCAUCUGUAGGAUGCACAUUACCUACCCCCUUUGGUUAUGUAUCUUCGUGUUCUUGGUUCAGUAGAAGUGCUUCCCCAAUAAGUAACCAUCAGUCAGUCAGUCUCGGGUAAGAGUGGUGGGUGACGCGACAAAGUUAUGAAUAAUAAUUAGCUAUUUGUCUGGUCGCCGUUUAGCUUUACUGGUUUUCUUUAUGGCUGUUGAAUGAGUAAACCUCUGCAUGUCUUGAACUUUACUGGAUUUUUGGCAUUGCUUCCGGCUCUUGUUUUAGAAAGAAAGAUUGUGCUGUGCUGCCUGCUUUUCUGUUAUGGUCUGAUAUGGAAGUGAUGCUUUUUGUGGAA